AUGUCACGGGAGGACUUUUCAUGUGCCAUUUGCUACGAUUUGGCCUCUGAACCGGUUGUGACGCGCUGUGGCCACCUGUUCUGCUGGAACUGCCUGGAUCACUGGCUGGGAAGACAAAACGCGGUGCCGGAAUGCCCAGUGUGUCGUGGCCGUGUAGACAGACACUUGCAGGGGGACAUCAUUCCGCUCUACGGUAAAGGCAGGCAGACACACGCAGCGAACGCCUCCUCGUCAGUCAAGUCGCCGCCAUCGCCGCAAGCGCAGCGGCAACAACGCCAAGAACAACCGCCCCGUCCACGCCCGGCUGCAGAUAGAGCAGCGCCGGUGCAGCGCCCCGGGGCAAAUUAUGUCAAUAAUCCACUUUCAUUAGGAAUCGGUAGCUCUUUUUUUAUUUAUGGAGGCAACAUGAGCCUGACUCUUCUGCUGGUGGCUUUGUGGGCCACGUAUCAUUUUGCCCCCUGGCGCCAGUUGUUUGAACGUGUGUGGGGCCGUAAUGGCAGCCAGAGGAGAGCGAGGCAGACUGAGCAGGAGGAGAACAAUUCUGAUUUACAAGGUCGUCGGGUGCUCUUGCCAGAUGCAAUAGUUAGAAGAGUGCUUUUAUCCGUUGUAGUCGUGUAUAUAGUUCAUUAUCUUUUUUCGGCUUGA